AGUUCUGGGGCAGGGCAGGCCUCAGCGCUGCGGCGACGGGCGGGGCCGCGGACUUCGGUCCAGCGCCAGCCCGGGGGAUCAUAGAGUCCCGGAAGUGCGUGGCAGAGCGGCUCCCGGGGGAUCCCUAGCUGUCUGAGCUGAGUGGAGGCUGGAUGUCCGUGGGCUUGGCGGUCAAGGUGGUGGCCGGGCUGGCAGUGGCGGCGGUGGCGGCCGUGCUGCUCGAACACUAUGGCUUGGUGGGCAUGUCCUCGCCGAGGCCCGUACGGCCCCAAGUCUUACACAGGCCCUUCCCGGCGCCCGGGGACGAGGCCACCAACAUCUUCUGGGGCUUGCAGAUCUCGGACCUCCAUAUCAGCAAGUUCUUUGAUCCAGGCCGAGCCAAAGACUUGGAGAAGUUCUGUUCGGAAACCGUCGAUAUCAUACAGCCUGACGUCGUCUUAGCCACGGGUGACCUCACAGAUGGCCUAAAAAGUGAUCGUUGGGGAUCCAGGCAGUUUGAAACAGAAUGGCAAACUUAUCAAAAUGUCCUGAAGAGAACUAGGGUCACAGAAAAAACCAAAUGGCUAGAUAUCAGAGGAAAUCAUGAUUCAUUCAACAUUCCAAGUCUGGAGAGUAGCCACAAUUAUUACAGGAAAUACUCUGCCUUACGUAGGCAUGGCUCUAUGCAUUACAUCCAUAAGACCCCCUUUGGAAAUUAUUCUUUCAUAUAUGUGGAUGCUACUCUCACCCCAGGACCCAAGAAACCCUUUAAUUUCUUUGGAAUGUUAAAUGAGAAGCAAAUGAAGGAACUUCUUUUACUGACUGAGCAGACUAGAUAUAGCAAUCAUACUAUUUGGUUUGGACAUUAUACAACAUCUACUAUCAUCUCUCCAGUUCCAGGAAUACGUUCAUUAAUGAGUUCUGCCAUAGCUUAUCUUUGUGGCCAUCUCCAUUUACUUGGUGGAAUGAUGCCUGUUUUGCACACUCGACACCCGAAGGGCACUCUGGAACUGGAGUUAGGAGACUGGAAGGAAAACAGGAGGUACCGGAUCUUUGCUUUUGACCAUGAUCUCUUUAGCUUUACAGAUUUGAUUUUUGGUCAAUGGCCAGUGGUUCUUAUCACAAACCCCAAAUCAUUUCUCUAUAGCAGCUCUGUCCAUGAACCAUUAGAGAAACUUCAACACUCUACACACAUCAGAAUCUUGGCCUUCUCACCAUCCUCCAUUACCACUGUCUCUGUUAAGAUUAAUGAUGUUUAUUUGGGGAAUGCUGUUCAUCUGUCUGGUCCUAUUUUCAUACUGAAGUGGAAUCCUAGAAACUAUAGUGAAGAAUACAGUAAGAUAGAGGUAAAUGUUCAGGAUUCCACUGGAAGGUUUAAAAAUGUUGAGCACAAAUUUUCUAUAAAAGGAAACAUUCAUACUAAAUUUAAUUUUAUGCAAUCGUUCAUUCUCCUAACUGAUCACUAUAUUGUGGCCCGAAUCAUUUUUGUUCUGAUUGUAAUGACCCCACAACUCCUUCUCAUUAUAUUCAGAUACAGCAAGAAAUUAGAACUGAAAGGAACUCCAGGAUUUGUAAAUAUGACCUCAUUUUCCUUUCAUAUCUUGAGCAAAACGGACAUCUUUUACUAUAUUUUAUUGUUUCUGAAUUCCUAUACAGCUUUGGGACCGUGGUUUAUUGGUGAAAUUGUUGAUGGUAAAAUGGGCUGCUGCUUUUCCUUUGGGAUAUUUGUUGAUGGGAAAUUCUUUCAAGGCAGUAUGACAUUUAUAAUUGGAAUUAUUCAGAUAUUGCUUUUUAAUAUACCCCUUUUGAUCUAUCUGUGCUGGACCUUAUUGCUGCGGUGCCAGGGUUACAUCUUUUCCUCUCACUUCAAGGGAAGAUACCACAAGGUUCUACCUGUCCAUAUCCUCAUGCUGCUAUUCUAUGCAUGCCAAAUUGGUAGCUGUUAUUUGCUCGGGAAGGCCUAUGGCACCGUGGCCCUUCUCUUCUCCCCCAUGUAUGCCUGGUUGACGCUGUUUAUCCCGAUUCUUGUUCGUUGGGCGUGGAUCCUGAACCCCAGUGAACUCAGACCCUUCUCAGUGGAACUCAAAAACUUUAUGAGCUCCCAGAGCCAAUGACCGAAGUGCAGCGGCGAAGAGCUUGGGCCCUCUACUGACGCCGCCCCCGCCGGCGC